CACACAUCGGAAGGACUACGCUGGCCGUGUACAUGUGGAGCAGGUUCAGAAUUUGUAAUGGACAUUUCUUUUGACGUUUACCACACCUGCGUUUAACACACCUGCAUGCUCAGCUGGGAGUGCACCUGUGUUCUGUGUUCUGCGUUCUGGCUCCACCCCUCUGGCUGUGUCUGCGUCGGGUUCCUUCCCAGGUUCUAUGCGCUGCGUCAGUAGCCGUCAAGUGGACACACACUGAUUUCUUCAUCUCUGGGGUGUGUGUGUCACACACACUGAUUUCUUCAUCUCUGUGGUCGAUUGUUCUGUCAGCAUCUGGGAAGACGACACACUCUCCCUCACACACACACACACACACACACACACACACACAAUUCUGGAUCUGCUCUGACCCGCUGGGCCAAUUCUUUGCUCAGGUCUGUCUGGACAUUGGAUGUUUGGAACUAAAGAGCCGGAUUUUGGUCAGCACACACACACACACACACACACACACACACACACACUCAGCGUGCUUUUGCAUUGUUGCGUCCUGCUUUUAAUGUAAGUCUGUCGCUCGAUCCGUCGCUUGGUCAGCCGGUCGGUCUAAGGCGUGAGGAUGCUGCAUUUCCGCCAGCGGACAUGGCAUGUGCCCAGCAUGGUGGCGCUGCCCGAGGCUCAGGACGGCAUUCUGACCCGCUACAGCUCCCUGGGGGCAGGCACAGGGGGCACAGGGGGCACCACAGGACUGGUGGCAGCACGGGUGCAGCGCUACGAAUCUCAGACCCCCGCGGACACCCCCCUCAGAUCGCCCCCCCUCACCCCCCCCACGCCCAGCAGACCUCUCCCCUCACACGGAGACGCCAGACACAAGGGACAGACUCGGCGGCGUAAGAACAUGACAGAGUUUCUGGGCGAUGCCUCCAUUCCGCCCCCGGACACGCCCCCUCUGAGCGCCUCCCUGCCCACCCCGGGAACGGACCGCUGGAAGAACCGCGCCGCCACACGCUUCAGCGUCUUCUUCAGCUCCGCCUCCACCAACGGCGCCCUCGGCAAGGAGUUGGACCGUGUGGAACAGCUGCAGGGGAAGCUUCAGUCCUACACUAAAUUCGGAUUACCCAAGAUGCCCCAGCAGCUCUCGUUCCACAGGGACGCCUGGAACGAAGAGGAAGAGGUCCAGCUGGACAUGGAGGAGAGCUGGCAACAGCUACUGGACAACCCAGAGGCCCUGAGCAGACGUCAGGUGCACCAGCAGGAGGCCAUCUGGGAACUGCUACAGACCGAGGCGGCCUACAUCAAGAAGCUCAACGUCAUCAUCGAUCUCUUCCUCAGUGGCCUGCUGAACCUGCAGGAGAGUGGUCUGCUGGUGGAGGUGGAGGCCCAGCGUCUCUUCAGUAACGUCCAGGAGCUGCUACGUCUGCACACAACCUUCUGGGCAGAGGUGCUGCGGCCCACCCUGGACACCGCGCGCCACACACACACACCGCUCGACCCCACACACCUCUACCAGGGCUUCAUCGAGUUUGGUUUCAGAUUUAAACCCUAUAUGCGCUACUGCAUGGAUGAGGAGGCGUGUAUGGAAUACAUGCGCAGCCUUCUUAAAGACAAUGAGCUCUUCAGGAUCUACGUCACUUGGGCAGAGACCCAUAAGCAGUGCAGUCGUCUGAAGCUGACCGACAUGUUGGUCAAGCCCCACCAGCGCCUCACCAAGUACCCGCUGCUGCUCAAGAGCAUCCUCAAGAAGACCGACGACCCUGCCGCACGCGACACACUCAGCAGGAUGGUGUUGUCGGUGGAGCGGUUCAUCAACAGUGUGGACGGUCAGAUGCGGCAGCGGGAGGAGAGGCAGAGGCUGGAAGCCAUGGCUGGACGCAUCGAGGCGUACGACGCAGUGGAGACCGCCAGCGAGGAGGUGGACAAGAUUCUCAGGGAGGUCAACCAGUUUGACCUGACGGCUCCGGUCAUCGGGGCCUCCUGUGAGGAGACCAGACAACUCUUCCUGGAGGGGGCGCUACGCAUGAAGGAGGGGAAGGACAGCAGGGUGGACGUGUACUGUUUCCUGUUUACUGACCUGUUGCUGAUCACUAAGCCGGUGAAGCGUGUGGAGCGCGUGCGUGUGAUUCGCCAGCCGCUGCUGCUGCACCAGGUGGUGUGUCGUGAGCUGAAGGAUGCCGGAGCCUUCCUCCUCCUCUACCUCAACCAGCUCCAGCACGUCACAGCCGCCUACAGCUUCCAGGCCAACAGCGCCACCCAGGGGAGAAGCUGGGUAGAGGCCAUCACCAAUGUACAGAAGCAGCUGCAGCGCCUGCGCUCUGAGGAGUGUGAGCGGGGGGGUCAGCGGAGAGAGGAGGAGGAGGAGGAGGAAGAGGAGAGCAGCAUGAGCACCUCCAGCUCACCCUCACUGCAGCACAAGGACACACUCAGCCAAUCAGAUGGCUCGACCGAAACCCUCGCCGUGGUUGCAAUGGACGAGGCAGAGGAUGUGGACAUGGCCUCCUCGUCGCUCUCGGAGACGGAGCGGGCGGGGCCUGAGAAGGCGCGGCUGCACUCUGAUUUGUCGAGCCCCAGGGGGGAGGGGCCAGCCGCGGGCGGGUCUCAGGAGGAGGCAGACCCUGAAAGCCGCUCGCUAUCGAUGGACAGCGCCUACGGAACCCUCUCCCCCCAAUCCCUGACCACACUAGAGCUGAGGGCGGGGCUGGAGGCGGGGCAUGAGGCGGGGCAUAGCGAGGGGGAGGACACAGAGGCGGAGUAUGAUGAGGAGGAGGUGUUUGAAGAGGAGGAGGAGGAGGUUGAUGACGAAGACGCCACCGCCUGGAAUGGUUCGCAGGUGACCGUUAAUGAGACGGCCUUCCUGGACGACGAGCGAGACGGCGGCGCGGGAGAGCGAGAGCGCCCCCCGGUGGCUGACCACACCCUUGCGGCGGGAACGACCUUGUCGCUGCGCCGCUGGUCCCCCGUGCUGGCCUCUCACCCCGCCCACCGCUCGCGCUCCGAGGACGACCUCCUGCAGCGAUCGGACCGUAACCGCGGAAACCACCACACUAGACCCUCCCGCUUCUGCAGGCCCGCCUCCCAGAGCGUGGAGCUCCUCCUCUCGGGGGAGGAGUCAGGGCUGAGGGGCGUGUCUGACGCGUUGGCCGGCCCCCUGCUGCGUGCUCAGGUGCGGCACGUGUCCCGCACACUCAGCUGCCCCAGCGGGCCGCCACAGGACGAGCCGGACGAGCGGGAGGAGCGAAGCACGGCGCCACCUGCUGGACGGGAGGGGAUGUGCGGCCUGACGCCAGCCCAGCAGCAGAAGAAGAAGCUGACGCGCUCACAGCUGCAGCGGCUCAGAACCAGCAUGGUGCUCAACUCCACUCUCACUGCCUCGGAGGUGUAGAACUCUCCAGGCCCUGGACGAGGGACCUCCAUGAGCUGGUCUUCUGGUGGAACUCUCGACAGACGCACCGUACAGUAGCAUGGCAACAGUAGCAUGGCAACAGCAGUGUGGACACCCGCAUGAAGGACACGACCUCACCUCCAGAGGGCGACGUCACACAUAUCAGCCUGUGUGGAUCUGAGAGAAAGACUUGCACACCCAAACUCAUCAGGAUUCACCCUACUGCCCCCAAACUCAUCAGGAUUCACCCUACUGCCCCCAAACUCAUCAGAACUAGAACCUAUUGCCCCCAAACUCAUCAGAACUAGGGCUGUCACUUUACGUUCGAAAAUCGAUUGCACAAUCGAUUGGACCAACCAACACAAGUUUCGAAAACUAAAAUAGGGAAUCGAUUUUAACCAAAUA